AUGUUGGGAAUGCCAAGAUCAGAUUUUGUCAGCAGAAGCUCACAGCUCGGGCAGAUUAUGAGCAAGCGUUGGGAACCUACCCUGAUGGGAGCCCGAUGGGUCGUUGAUGAUGUCCGCUUAGGCGGAACCAAUGGAGUAGCUGCCGUCCGCGUUGAUGCGCGGGACGCCACCGACCUGAGCGAUAGCGUUCGUGAUCGCAGUCUGGAGAGUGGCGGGGAGCGUCCCAACGAUGCUCGUCAACUGGCCAAGGGUGGCACCCGCGGUACCCUGGAGCGUGCCGGGAACAGUGCCGAUGAGGGCGAGAGCAGUGUUGAUCUGGGCCAGCAGGGCAGACUCGGCGGCAGUGAGCUGACGUCCCAAGCCCGUAAGUACCGACUGGGCCUGGGCCAGGAGCUGGGCCUGAGCAGCGCUGAUGCCAUUGGGCACCUGGCCGAGGAUAGCCACGAGGUUGCUCACGGUGGUGCCGAGGUUGAGGGUGUUGAGGAGCGAGCCCAGAAGCCCGGUGAGACCCGGAAUGAUACCAAGGUUGAAGGUGAUCGCACCGGUCUGCCUGGCAACGAGCGCAUUGCUACCGACCAGAGCAUUGCCGGUGCCGGCCUCGAGAUCCAGAGGGGCGGCAAUGGCGGUCGAGGCCGAGGCGAGAAGAAUGGCGAACUUGGAGAACUGCAUGUUUGCUGA